AUGUGUAAUGUAGUAACAUGUGGUAAUGCUGUACAAUGUGGUGAUGAAGAUGAAGAAAUAGUUGUCGCAGAGGAAGACGAAUUCAGCGUCCAAACACAUCCUCCAUCUCUAAUAGCACAUCUACCAUCAGGCACAUUAUGGGAUACACAAGUCGUGCCUUACUCGCAGAGCCUGGGUUCGAGUCUCGGACACGAAGAUCUAUUAACAGGUCGUUCCCAUCAUCAAAGAACAAAUGUUUGCUCGGGCAGUCUUUCUCUUUGUUGUCUCAAUUGUCCACCUCAGAGCUGGCAUUCAGGUUUUCCUGAGUUGAUGACUGCUCCUGUUCCUGGAGGAAAUGCAGCGUCCGCCGUAUCAGCUUCCGUAGCAGCUGCGGCAGCCGCCGCUGCUGCUGCCGCUGGUGUCUGUGUGGGGCUUGUCCCGACAGCUGGGGGCGCGGCAACCGCCGUCUCUUGGUCGUCGUGUGGGGCUACCGAUGUGAGACUGGAAUCUGGAUGUCCAAAAGACGGAUCUAAAGGGGGUCAUCCACCCAGGAAAGUGAGGAGAAAUCGAACUGUGUUUACAGAGCUGCAACUGAUGGGGUUGGAGAGGCGAUUUGAUUGUCAGAAGUAUUUGUCCACACCUGAUAGGGCUGAAUUGGCCAGGGCGUUAGGGCUGACGCAGUUACAAGUGAAGACGUGGUAUCAGAACAGAAGAAUGAAGUGGAAAAAACAAGUAAUGCAAGGGGGAUGUACUGUUCCACCGACAAAACCAAAAGGCAGGCCAAAAAAGAACUCGAUUCCCUCAUUAAACGAAACUCGAACUGCAAAUGAAUUAGCCAAUUUGAAAGAGACAUUUUGAAGAGAACAAUUUCUUUUAAAGGAAAGAAACAAAAGUUCCUAUGGCUCUAUGCUCAAGGUUCCUUACUUUUCCAGAAUUCAAGAUUCCUAAAAACUUUUAACUCAUGAUUUUACUUUAUCAUCUCUCAAAGAGCAAACGACAUGAAAGAAAUUUAAGAACAACGUCUUUUUUAACCUCUGUAGUUUCUGAAUUCUCAGGACAAUGCUGAUUAAUUAUUUCGAAGCAUGUGUAAAAGGACCCAAUUUUAAUUGAGAGGUACUUUAACUGUAAGCCAUUGCCGUAAGUAGUACGACGUAUUUUACGUAAAAUUUUAUUUUCAUAUUUAAACUGAAGGAAUUUUUUUUUAAUUUCAUUUUAAUUCUUAGAUUUUCAAGUUGUUUUUUCCCUAUCGUUUUGACCAACAAUAUACUACGUAAAA